GGCACCAAACGGAGUGGUUGUAUAUUUUUCGUGUACGGCAAAUCUGCGAUACUUUUUUACAACAGCUUUUUCAACAAAAAUAAAAUCAAAAUAAACCAUAAAAACGCAUUAAAAACAACAUAAAUCUAUUUACAACCAAUAAAUACAUGAAAAUCUAUAAGAAAAUUACAUGAAAUUUGCCGAAAAUGUGAGAUUUUUAAUGGAAAAUUCAAAAGUGAAAAAUUUUUCUAAUUGGGAAGUCAGAUUACAAAGCUUAACACGAACGAAGAAAAAAAUAUCAAAAAGUAGAAGUAGAAAAAAAAAUGUGAAUACAUAAAGGCACAAAAAAAAAAUAUGGUAUAUAAAGAGAGUGCAAAUAAAUAAUAAGAGGAGAGUGAAAAUGCAAUGAAAUAACAAAAAAGAGCGAGAGAAUGUGUUUAUGUUUUGGUUUGGUUUCGUAAAUAAAUAAAUACAAAAAAAAAUAUAAUACAAAAACACAGCAGCAACAAUAAUAACAACAACAAGAGCUAAAAGAAGUGGCGGUGUGUUUAUAUUUUGAUUUGAUUUUAGCCGGUUUGUUGUUUGUUUAUUUUCGUUUUCUUUUAUUUGGUGUAAUUCUCGUGCGUAUGUUUAAGUGCGUAAAUUUCAUAGGAAUUUCGUGUUUACAUUGUUGUUGUGGGGAAACUUAAUGUUUACAAAAUGUCACAAAAUAAUCAACGUAAACAUUAUCACAUACAUGCUCCCUAUCAACACCCCCAACAGCAGCAGCAGCAACAACAGCAGCAGGCUCAACAUCAUCAUCACCACUUAAGUUCAUCGCAACAGCAGCAACAUCAUCAUCAGCAACAACAACAGCAAUGGUACUCCCAACAACAUUAUCAACAUGGUCUUCACAUCAGAGAUUCGCGCCAUAUCCAGCAUUCUCAACAUCAUCAUCACCAUUCGCAACAGCAGCAACCACAUCACAAUCAUACAAUGGCACCACAUAUGUUUACAAGUGGUUAUGUUGGUAUGACACCAUCCGGUGGAGUUGUAGGCGGUGUUGGUGGUGCUAGUACAGCUAGUGGUGGGGUGGCAGUGCCGAGUUCAGCACACAAUGCUGCAACAAUGGGCUCUACACAUAAUAUGCCGGCUUCUUCAUCGUCGGCACAUCAUUAUUCUUCUGCUUUGGCUGCUACGAGUGCGAGUGGUGGUGGGUCUGUUGCCAGCAAUGCAGCUAGUGCAAGUAGUGGUGGUGGUGUUGGUGGUGCCUAUGUUGGUCGUAGCAGAAUCUUUGACCUUGAAAUGUUAACAGCACAACCUACACAACAACAUACCCAACAUGGUGUAGCAUCUGCUGCACAUUCACACUCUAUGCUAUCUAGUGGCAGUACGAGUGGACGAGCAGGAUUUGAUGCCUAUUCCCAUAACUCCUUAUACUCACAACCAAAUCAACGACAUCAUUCUUCUGCUCCUGCUACCACACAUCAUCAUCUGGCUGCUGCACAUCAUUCGUCAGCAGCUCAUUCCCUACAUCCUCAUCAUACUCAUCAUCAUGCUCAACAGCCACAACACCACACAAGCCAGUCGUCUCUUCAUCAUCAUCAGCAGCAGCAGCAACACCACCAACAACAACAACAACAGCAGCCACCGCCGCAGCAACAUUAUUAUCAUCAUGCUCCACAAACUGCUCUCCAUCGGCCACAUUCUCAAGUUAUGCCCCCCAUGUUACAACACAUUAAAUCUGAGCCAGUAGAGCAAAUAACCGUAACACCCUCUAUACAAACCGAGGAAAUCAUCAUCAAAUCUGAACCCGUGGAUGAUGUUAGUUAUCACAAAAGUGCGCCACAAAUUGAAAAUAAUUCUUUUCACAUGGAAGAAAAACGUAAACAAUAUGAGCUGCAGCAGCAGCAUCAACAACAGCAACGUGCUCAGCAACAACAAUUACAUGAGCAACAACUACAUCAACACCAGCAGCAACAACAACAAAUAAUAAAACAAGAACCUCAUGAUUAUCCUCAACAUCAUAGUGAACAUACUCAUAAUGAAGAUAUUUCCCAACAAAUCCAACAUUGUACAAAUUCCGAGAAUUCUACUACGAUACUACCAGCAGAGCAAAACCAGCAACAACAACAACAACAUCAGCUGCAGCAACAACAACAACCUCAAGCAGAACAACAACAGCAAAUAUCCUUGACUAAUAUAAAAACAGAAGCAAAGCCCCUUAACUUUCCUCGUCGCAAAUUACAAACAGAACGUUCCUCAACUCUGCCCAUAUGCCAACGAUGUAAACAAGUUUUUUUGAAACGUCAAAACUACACACAACAUGUUGCUCAAUCCAGUUGCAAUAUUGUUGAAUACGACUUUAAAUGUUCCGUAUGCCCCAUGUCCUUUAUGUCUAAUGAGGAACUGCAGACGCACGAACAAUUACAUCGUUCCCAUAGAUAUUUUUGUCAAAAAUAUUGUGGGAAAUUCUAUGAAACCAUCGAUGAGUGCGAACAACAUGAAUACGGCCAGCAUGAAUAUGAAAUGUAUAAAUGUAAUAUUUGCUGUAUAAGUGUAACCGAACGUGAGCAAUUAUAUACACACUUAAAUGAACAUAAAUACCAGCCACGCUACGACUGUUGUAUAUGUCGUUUAUGUUUUCAAACUUCUUUGGAACUACAUGAUCAUUAUAUGGCCAAUGAAGAUUUCUGUGGAAAAUAUUAUGAUAAAGAAGCCUUUAAUAAACAAAUUACCUCGUCGUCAUCACCUUAUCUGGGAAAACCGGAAAGUUCGAAUCUGGAAAUUGCACAUACAUUUUCCUUAAAAGAUAUACCUCCUGGUAGUAGUCACCAUUUGGAACCAUUAUAUGCAAAACCUUCCACCUCAAAAUCUUCCAUGGAGCCGCCUACCACACCAACAACACCUUCCGCAACAGCGUUUAGUACGGUAAAUGAGUUUGCUUUAGAGCCACAUGUUGAGGUAAAAACAGAAAUUAAAGUAGAACCGGAUUUUUAUCCACCCAUGGAUCAGUCCGACUUUUCGGCCUAUGACAAUGAUUAUAGUACACCCGACUAUAAUGCGGGUUCCAAUCAAAGUUUAGCUUUUCUGCAUGAUUAUCAGGAUAAUGCUUCCAGUUCUACCAACUCAUCGUAUUCCUUUAAUAAUAACGAUGCCAUACAAGAUGAUGAAGCCAUUUGUUGUGUGCCCAAAUGUGGGGUACGUAAAUUCUCGUCGCCAUCUUUACAAUUCUUUGGCUUCCCCAGAGAUGAAAAGUAUUUGGCUCAAUGGUUGCAUAAUUUAAAAAUGGUCUACGACCCCAAUGUUAAUUAUAGCAUUUAUCGUAUUUGUAGUUUACAUUUUCCCAAACGUUGUAUAGCUAAAUAUUCUUUAAGUUAUUGGGCUGUGCCCACUUUUAAUUUGGGCCAUGAUGAUGUGGGUAAUUUAUAUCAAAAUAGAGAAAGUUCGGGGGGGUUUCCUGCUGGUGAAAUGGCCAAAUGCAGUAUGCCGGGUUGCCCGUCACAACGGGGCGAAACCAAUGUAAAAUUUCAUGUGUUUCCACGCGACUUAAAGACCUUGAUUAAGUGGUGUCAGAACUCCCGCCUGCCGGUGCACAGUAAGGAUAAUAGGUUUUUCUGUUCGCGGCAUUUUGAAGAGAAAUGUUUUGGUAAGUUCCGUUUAAAACCCUGGGCCAUACCUACACUCAAUCUGGGCACGGUCUAUGGCAAGAUACACGAUAAUCCCAAUAUUUACCAAGAAGAAAAAAAGUGUUUUUUACCCUUCUGCCGGCGCAGUAGAUCGUAUGAUUGUAAUUUGUCCUUGUAUAGAUUUCCACGUGAUGAAACUUUAUUGAGACGCUGGUGUUAUAAUUUAAGAUUAGAUCCCAAUAUGUAUAGAGGUAAAAAUCAUAAAAUUUGUUCUUCUCAUUUCAUUAAAGAAGCCUUAGGCUUAAGAAAACUUAAUCCGGGCGCUGUGCCCACUUUAAAUUUAGGUCAUAAUGAUAGAUUUAAUAUAUAUGAAAACGAACUUUACACGCCUCCACCGCCACCACCACCUCAACCAUCAACUUCGUCCAAGGCUCACAAAUAUGCCGAAUUAUUUAAGCAGGAAAUGGGACAAUCUUCGGGUUCUCAUAUUUACGAUGGUGUUUUUAUGAGCUCCAUGGUGCAAAAAUUCUCCUCUUCCUCUGCGUCAGCAGCAAAUAACUCCAAUAAUUUGGAUUUGGGUGAUGUGUGCCUGGUGCCUUCUUGCAAGAGAACCCGCCAUUCAGCUGACAUUACUCUACAUACGGUGCCCAAACGUCCCGAGCAGCUAAAGAAAUGGUGUCAUAAUCUGAAAAUGGAUUUAAUGAAAAUGCACAAAAGUGUUAGGAUAUGUAGUGCCCACUUUGAGAAGUACUGCAUAGGAGGCUGCAUGAGACCUUUUGCAGUGCCCACUUUAGAACUGGGCCAUGAGGAUUCGAAUAUAUUCCGCAAUCCUGAUGUUAUAAAGAAACUAAAUAUUAGAGAAACUUGUUGCAUACAAUCGUGCAAAAGAAAUCGCGAUCGUGAUCAUGCCAAUUUACACAGAUUCCCCACUCAUCCUGAAUUGUUGCAGAAAUGGUGUGAAAAUUUACAAAAACCCAUACCAGAUGGCACGAAACUCUUCAAUGAUGCUGUCUGUGAGAUCCACUUUGAAGAUAGAUGUUUGCGCAACAAGCGUUUGGAGAAAUGGGCCAUACCCACCAUGAAUUUGGGCUGGGAUGAGGCUCCUCACUGUUUGCCCUCGGAGGAAGAAAUCAAUGAGAACUGGGUUAAACCUUUUGCUCCCAAUAAUGGUGACGAACAGGGCGAGUGCUGUGUUGUAAGCUGCAAACGCAAUCCCCAAAUAGAUGAUGUCAAAUUGUACAGACCACCCGAAGAUGCCGAACAAUUGGUUAAAUGGGCUCAUAACUUGAUGGUAGAUGUCACAGAGCUGCCGAAUCUGAAGAUUUGUAAUUUACACUUUGAGCAGCAUUGCAUAGGCAAGCGUUUGUUAAAUUGGGCCAUGCCUACCCUCAACUUGGGUGGCAAGGUGGAACACUUAUUUGAGAAUCCUCCUCCAAUGCCUACAAUUUACAAGAAGAAAAUCAAACCCGAAAGAAUAUUGUCCACACAAGAUGCCAUCAAGUGGUCGCCCAGAUGUUGUCUGCCACAUUGUCGCAAAAUGCGUUCGGUGGACAAGGUACAUCUCUUCCGUUUUCCCUACAACAACCGCCAGACUCUGGCGAAAUGGUGUCACAAUUUGCAAUUGCCUUUGGUGGGUAGUUCUCAUCGACGUAUCUGUUCCAGUCAUUUUGAGACCUCGGUUUUAACCAAACGCUGUCCCAUGUCAUUGGCCGUACCCACUCUAGACCUUAAUGCUCCGCCUGGCUAUAAAAUCUAUCAAAAUCCCGCACGUUUGAAACAAAUCAAGAUGGGCACUCAGCGGCAAUGUAUCAUAGAAUCCUGUCGCAAAACCAAAUUGGAUGGUGUAUCACUCUUCCGUUUCCCCAACAAUAGAUCGAUUUUAUAUAAAUGGCGACACAAUAUUAAGAAUUGGCCUAAAUGCAAGUUAAGUUCACAGCUGAGAAUUUGUGCCGAACAUUUUGAGCCGCAUUCGGUGGGAGAGAAGAAAUUAUCACCCGGGGCAAUACCCACCUUGAAACUGGGUCACGAGGCUAAAGACCUGUAUCCCAAUGAGACCAGAUCCUUUUUCGAUUUGGAGAAAUGUGUAGUGAAUGGCUGUGAUUCGCGCAAGGAAAUGGAGGAUAUCAGACUGUUUCGUUUUCCUCGGGAUGAUGAUGAAUUGCUAAAGAAAUGGUGCAACAAUCUUAAAAUGAAUCCCAAUGAUUGUGUAGGCAUUAAGAUAUGCAGCAAACACUUUGAGCCUGAAUGUCUGGGGCCCCGACAGCUAUACAAAUGGUGUAUACCCACUUUAAAAUUGGGUCACCAGGAAGAUGAUUUAGUGGAGAUAAUACCCAAUCCUCCACCCGAACAAAGAGCCGGAGAGUUCCUUUUCAAGUGCUGUGUACCCACUUGUGGCAAGACACGCAAAUAUGAUGAUGCCCAAAUGAAUAGUUUCCCCAAGAACCUGAAAUUGUUCCGCAAAUGGAAGCAUAAUUUGAAAAUAGAUUUUCUCAAUUUCAAGGAAAGAGAAAAAUAUAAAAUUUGCAAUGACCAUUUCGAGGCGGUGUGUGUGGGAAAGACUAGACUUAAUUUUGGUGCCCUGCCCACAUUGAAUCUGGGCCAUGAAGAGCUGGACGAUUUGUACCAAAUCAAUCCCGAUAGAAUAAGACCCAAUUUGUUUAUAAAACAAAAAGAUGCCGAACGAUUGGAAAGGCGGCGCAUAAUGCGUGAAGAGAAUCGUGAGCAAUAUGAGUGUGAUGAGCCAGAGGAAGAUGCCUCGGAUCCUUUAAGUUUGGAACCCGCAGACAUAAAGUGCUGUGUUAACGAGUGCUCCGCACCCAAAUCCAUAAUGAGAGAGCCCUAUGAACUGCCGGAAACACAAGAACUUAAACAGCUAUGGUUAAAGGAAUUUAAGAAAAGUGAAGAGGUAUCUGAAUCUAAAGUCUGUGGCCUACAUUUCCAAUUGCUAUUCAAGCAACUGAAACCUCAAAUGCUGGAAAUGAGCGAGGAAAAUCCAGAUUUGAAAACUGAUUUCAACAAGCUGCAAUACAAUUAUCAAAAGUCUAACAUAUCGCUGGUAAUCAAUAGUUAUCAGUGCAGGGUAGAGGAAUGUCCUACCAAUUUAUUAAAUUCCUCUAUAAGACUGUUUUUCUUUCCAUAUGGCAAACACUUGGUGAACAAAUGGUCCCACAACACCGGCAUUAUACCCGAUGAACAUCGCCGAUACAUGAAUAAGGUGUGUGCCUUACAUUUCGAGUCCUAUUGUAUAACCGAAAAUCAAAGACUAAGAUCUUGGGCCAUUCCCACACUGAAUUUACCGCCCAGCGAGGAAAAACAUUUGUAUAAGAAUCCAGAUUUAACGAAAAUCGAUCGAAGAAUGUUGGGUCCUCAAAUCCAGAAAUGUGCCGUCACCAACUGCAAUUACGAAAAGAAUGCAGAGUUAACCGAUGAUUCCAUAAAACUGUUUAACUUUCCUUGUGAUGACAAGUUACUAAAGAAAUGGUGUGAUAAUUUGAAAAUGUCUAAUCACUUUACUCCCCUGCUGAAAAUAUGUUCUUUGCAUUUUGAAAAAUUGUGCUUUGGCAGCUGUCGCAUACGUUCUUGGGCCAUACCCACCUUAUAUUUGGGUCAUGAUGACACACCCGAACAUCUCAACAAGACCACUAUACGCCAAGAAGUGUUUGAUGCUCCAGAGGAUGUUUCCGAAAUCCAAUUGAAACAAGUUAAAAUCAAAAAGUCACUUGACAGUGCCAAAUGUUAUGUGCCCAGCUGUCGCAAGAGUAGAUUGAAACAUGGUGUACGUUUCUAUAGUCUGCCCACUAGUGCCAAGAUGAAACGCAAAUGGCUGCAUAAUUUACAAAUUACACACCAGAAAUCCAGUCACAAAUUGCAAAAUGUUAAAAUUUGCAACCAGCAUUUCCACAAAAGAUGUUUGGAGGGCAAACAAUUAAAGCCUUGGGCGGUGCCCACCAUGCAUUUGGGACACACAGAAGCUAUUUUCGAUAAUCCCCGCAAGGUACAAUCAGUACCGGCCAUACGUUGUGCGCUUACACACUGCAGGAACCACUCGGUGUCGCAAGGAGUUCGCUUAUUUGUGUUUCCCAAAUCACCAGAGUUUUUGGAGAAAUGGUCGAAAAAUUUGAAAUUAGACUUGGACAAGUGUAAGGGUAAAAUAUGUCAGGAACAUUUCGAGAAAGACGUUAUAGGAGAGAAGAAAUUGAAAAAUGGGGCGGUGCCUACUUUGAAUUUGGAUCACAAAGAUAUAGACAUCUUUGAUAAUUCAGAACUGAUUGAGAAAUUAAAAGUAAAGGAAAUUGAACGAGAGCUAAAACAAGAUCCCUGCCGAACAAAAUUGACAUAUGAACAGGAAGCUGAGCAGGAAUAUGAGCCUCAUACAGAUGAGGAGGAAGAUGAAGAGAUAUGGGAAUCUGAAGUAGAAGAGGAAGAAGGAGAAGAGGAGGAGGAAGAAGAGGUUUAUUAUGAUGAUGAUGAACAGGAGGAGGAGGAGGAGGAGGAAGGGGUAGAUGAAGAGGAAAAGGAAAAGGAGAGACAUCAAGAGGAUGAUGAGAAUAGUGUAACAACUUCUAUAACCGAUUGGAGCUCUAUUAAAUUCAAAGAGCUAAGAGUCUCCAUUACACCUUUGACACCUGAAGACCUAAUGGAUUUAUGUUCACGUUCUUCCUAUGAACGGGAAUUUGGUUCCUUAACCCCCGCUAGUAGCUUAAGGGGUCGCAGAUCUAUAACACCGGCCUCCAGCUUAAAAGAAUUAAGCUCAGAAACUCCUGAACAAAAACCGCCGGCUGGCGGUCUUAAAUUAAGAUCCGAAACUCCUGAUUAUAAAUCAUUUAAUUGCUUUAGAGAGCCUCGUUCGGUGACACCCGAUCAAAGAGCUGAUAAUUUUCGCUCGCCAGAACUAAAAACAGAUCCCCUAAAUGAAAUUUUACAGGAUACUCCAUACAAAACUCCCAAUUUGGUGCAAUCGCCUACAUUAACAUGUGAAAGGAAAUCACAAAAAGAACAAUUAUCUGCAAACACUUUGAAAAGAGAGAGUACGGAAUUGAAUGCAAUUAGUGUUAAGCGAGAACGUCUGGAACUAUCAGAAGAUGAAACCAAUGAAAUGGACUAUUCGGCCAAAACCAAUCUUAGAACUGAUAAGGCUUUAAAUGCGGUAGCUCCCAUGUGCUGCCUCAAACACUGUGGCAAAGAAAAAACUCCAGAACAGCAUUUAACUACUUAUGGAUUUCCCAAAGAUCCCCAGCUGUUACAGAAAUGGUGUGAUAACUUGGGCUUACAGCCAGAGGAAUGUAUAGGUCGGGUUUGUAUAGAUCAUUUUGAAUUGCGUGUCAUAGGCACCAGAAGGCUUAAACUGGGAGCAGUGCCCACCUUGAAUUUAGGACCCAAUCGCCUGGCCAAACACAGCAACCUAGAGGAUACACCACAAAAGAAAAGCGUUACCAAGGAAUUUUCGGAAACCGGUAAUAUGCAAGAGUCCGACUCCAAUUUAAAGCCACCACCACCCUAUAAAACUCCAAAACCCAGCAAGCAAUCGGUUUUUCGGCUAUGUUGCCUCAAACAUUGUCGGCGCAAGAAAUUUGUAAAACAGGAGAAGAAGGAGAAACAGGACAAGGAGAAAAUGGAACUGGAACCGGAGCUCUUGUUUAAAUUUCCCUCAGAUGAAAUUACUUUAAAGAAAUGGUAUAAAAACCUAAGAUUACCCGAAAAACUAAGCAUACCCAGUGAUUUGCAGAUAUGUUCCAAACACUUUGAAGCCAAUGUUAUUAAAAAUAAAAAACUUCAUGCCAAGGCAGUGCCCACUUUACAAUUGAGUUAUGCCAAUCGAGAGCCUAUUUUCAAAAAUAAUCCAAAAGAUUUUGUAGCAAAAAAAAUCAAAAAAACCAAAAAGGAAAAAUGUUAUCUAGCACAUUGUGGCAAUGUUGAAACAGAUCAUAUAUUCUUAAUAAGCUUUCCAUUAAACGAGCCCAUGACUGUAAGGAAAUGGUGUAGAAAUUUAAGACUCUCUUGCGAUAAAAGCAAAUUGCAGAAUUUAAAAAUAUGCAAUCAACAUUUUGAGCCUUAUGUGUUCUUUAAAAAAAGAAAUUUAAGAGCUGGAGCCAUACCCACCCUAAAUUUGGGUCAUACACAACCAAUUAGCAGGAAUUGUCGCAAAUUACGCUUGAAAAGAGUGAAUAGCAAUAGUGUUAAGGAGAAAUGCUGCAUAGCUCAGUGUGAGGAGAGCAAUUUGAAAUUGUAUGCAUUUCCCAGGAGUUCAGAAUUACGCAAGAUAUGGUGUAACAAUUUGCAAAUUGAAUUAAGGCAAGCUUUAAAUAAUCAUUACAAAGUAUGUAGCAAACAUUUUAGCUUAGAAAGUUUCAUGGUGGGUUCGGACAAUCUGAAAAUUAAUGCUGUACCUGUUUUACAUUUGGGCGUGAACAAUGAAAGUCAUUUAUUGUUGACCACAAAUCCCGAUGAAAGUAAAUGUCUGGUGGAAAAUUGUCAAAAGACACCCAGUGUGGAUAAGGUGAAACUGUUUAAGUUUCCCGCUAAACCUGAUAUACUCAAAAAGUGGCUUUUUAACUUGAAUCUGUCAACGGAGACCUUUAAGAGUAAUGAUGUUAUUUGCAGCAAACAUUUCGAUAAGAGUUGCAUUAAAAAUGGGCAUUUACAUGAAAAUGCCAUACCCACCAAGUUCCUGGAGGUAUCACCCAAAGGCUGGUUCUAUAAAAACAAUGAAGAGUUGUAUGAACUAACUAAAAAGUGUUGUGUCUUGAAUUGUGAACAGACUUCUGAAGAAGCCAAGCAUUUGUAUAGAUUCCCCAAGCAUAAAGAGGAUUUGGAAAAGUGGUUGUACAACUUAAAAUUGCAAGUAGAGGAAACGGAGGUUAAAGAUUUAAGAGUAUGCGACAGACAUUUCGAGCAAAGUUGUAAAAUCUCCAACAAAGAUUUGAUAACACAGGCUUUGCCUACUUUAAACUUGGGUCACAAUGAUUCCGAUAUCUAUGGCAAUAAUUUUAUAAAAUGUUGUUUGGAUAAUUGUGGCAUAGAGGGCUUUUACUAUCACAAACUACCGGAAGAUUUAAUGCUGCAAAGCUUUUGGUUUCAGGAACUGGAAAUGGAGACAACCUACAAUACCUCCUUGUACAUAUGCUCGGUGCAUUUUGUAGCUUUCUUUGAAAGAAUAUUGGAGAAAUACAGUGCUUUCCUUAAAGAAUCCAAGGAAUAUGUUAAACUGCUGGUUACCUAUAAUGAGCUUAAAGCUUUGCCUGGUAUUCAAUGCUAUAAAUGUAAUAUAACCAAAUGCAAUUCUGGUUUUAAAUUAAUAUGGAAGCUUUUCAAAUUUCCCAAAGAUCAAACUCUGUUCAAUAAAUGGCUGCAUAAUACAGGCUUAACGUUUGACUAUGAACAGCGAAACUGUUAUAGAAUAUGUGCCCAACAUUUCGAGGAAAGAUGUUUGAGUGAGAAAAAGUUACAUCGUUGGUCGCUGCCCACUUUAAAGUUGCCUUUCAACAAUAGUUUGUAUGUUAAUCCUCCCGAAGCUUUGCCCUCCAAUCAUGAAAACCUCAAACACUGCUGUGUUUCAAAUUGCCUCACCCAUAAGGGGCCAUUUUACAAGUUCCCCAUUAGGCCAUUGGAGAUAAAGAAAUGGAUACAUAAUUUGGAUUUGGGUCCACAACAAUGUACGCUUAAUUUAAGGGUUUGUUUUAAACAUUUUGAGAAUUACUGCUUCUCCAAGGCUGUGGACAAAGUUAAACCUUUGAAAGCUUGGUCAGUGCCUACCCUGAAAUUGAAAAGAAAGUCUCAGCUUUAUCUUAAUCCAGCCGAUAAAAUAGCUUUUUAUGUAUGCUGCAUACCUACAUGCAGGCAGAUUUUAAAUAAAUCCAAAGAGAUUUAUUUAUUCAAGUUUCCCUUUAGCAACACAUUGAAACAGAAAUGGCUGCACAAUUUAAGUUUAAACAAACAAAAUUAUCGGGAAACCAUGAGAAUUUGCUCGGCCCAUUUUGAAAUGGAUUGUUUUCACAAGGGCUUUAAGUUAUUGCGCAAGCAUUCAGUGCCUACAUUGGCCUUAAAUAAACCACCUAAGGAAAUCUAUACAAAUCCUGCCAGACGUUCUUAUUUAAAAUGUUGUGUUAAAGUGUGCCAAGGUCCUUGGCAGCAGUUGACAAAUUUCCCCAAAGAUAAGACUCUGCUAAGGAAAUGGAGCCAUAACCUGCAGCUGGAUAAGCAAAUCAAAUUGGAGUCUUUAAGAGAUUGGAAAAUAUGUACACAGCAUUUUGAAAAGUCCUGUGUUAAUAAAUUUGGAAUGAUAAGAAGUAUGGCGGUGCCUACUUUGAAAUUAGGGCAUCGCAAGAAGCUCUUCAAAAAUCCCAAUUUUACAGGGAAAACUAAUAUUAAAAAGGAAAGGGAAGAUAAAGACAAUGAGGAACUUAAAGAGCCAGCAGAAUUGAAUGAGAUAAAGUCAAAAGAAGAUAAAAUCUUAAAGGAAGCUGAGAUAGAGGAGUUAAAUAUUAAAAAGGAAAUUAAUGCAACUAAAGCAGAGAUCGAGACCGAGACAUCCAGACCCAAAAGCCUAAGGCCUUUGAGACAGUUAAGGAAGCCAGAGAGAUUGAUUAAUACAACCCAACAAAAGGUUAAAAUUAAAGGAAAAAAGGAUAUUAAUAAAAAUAAAAUUGAAACUAAAGGCAGUAAAGAGGAAAAAACAAACAACUGCAAGCAAUUGAAAGCAAAUAACAAUCUGGAAUCCUUAGGAGAAUGUAUAAAAGAAGAGGAGAAAACAGAAAACUUAAAACAGGAUUUGGCAAAUUCUCAAAAUGAAGCUAAUAAUGAGCCUGAGAACUUCCCUAACAGCCAACAAGAGGAGGCAUAUUUGGAAAAUUUAUUGGAAAUUUUAACAGAAACUGAUAAUGUAACAGAAUUAACGGAUAUAACAGAAACAAUUAAAAAGGAAACCAAAAAAGUAGUAACGGAAUUGGAACACAAUAAUCUGGCUAAACAGGAGAAACAAUCAAAUAAAUCCCAGGACGAAAGCAAUACAUUUACCAUCUAUGAAAUUAAACUAGAAACAGUAGACUUUAAUGAAAUCAACUUUAGCCAAGACAACAGCAAUCAGGACCAUGAAUUGUUCCUAGAAGAACUUCCACAACAGCCUCAAGAUGAGUAUCUAGAGGCACGUGCGGACUAUGAACCCAGCGAGCACAGUGAUCACGAGUUACAUGAAGAGUUAGAGGAGGAGGAAAAGGAGAAAUCAUUACCAUGCAAAGGCCGGAAUUUUAUGGCAUGCUGUAUAAAAUCCUGCAAAAAUUAUGGUAAUUUUCAGCCUAAUUUAACACUCUUCAAAUUACCUCCUAUACGCAAAUUACGUGAUGAAUGGCUGACCAACUGUAAACUCAAUCGGCAGUAUUCCUCCAAUGGGGUGUUGAAAAGACUUAGAGUUUGCAUAGAGCAUUUUGACAAGCAGUGUCUUAAGGAUAAUUCUAGGCUAUUGUUUGGUGCUGUGCCUACUUUAAAGCUAAGAUUGGAAUUAGAUCCCAAAGAGUCCCUACAACACUAUAGCUAUUUACGGUGUAGGGUACAAUGUUGUCAACGUUCCCAACAAUAUGAUAAAAUCAAUAAAAUACAAUUUCCCUCGGGAGAAAUGAAAACAAAAUGGUGCUCAAAUUUAAACCUUGAAGAGGAGAGGAUAACUGAGGAGGAUUGGAUAUGUCAUAGACAUUUUGAAAGGAAAGCCUUAAUAGAUUGUCGCAAACCCAAACCUGGUAUGCUGCCUACUUUACUGUUGGAUAGUCUGGAUAAUGAUUACACUCCUUCGAGCACACAGCCCUUAAGGUCUUCCCAAAAAUGUUGUGUAAAAUCUUGUGAUGGAGUGGUGGGUGAAUUUUGUAAAUUUCCCAGCACAAAUUUGAAUGUCUAUACGAAAUGGUUAAACAAUUUGAAGUUGCAGGAUUCAGAUCAAGUUCGAAAACACUAUUUUGUGUGCUUUAAACAUUUUGAUGUUUCCUGCUUUUUAAGCCAUGGCCGUCUGAAAAUAGGCUCCGUGCCCACUUUAUAUUUAGAGCAGCAACAGCAACCAGAUUUAGUAUUACAAAAACAACAGCUUAAACUCAAAUGCCGCCAUCCUCUGUGCAAGCAGAAGCCUCAUGAACAACUACUUUAUGACUGGCCCAAUAAUGGCAUUUUUAGAAAUAUUUGGCUGGAAGUAAAUAAAUUAAUCUGGCAAUUAAAACAACACAAUAUAUCAUGGGAAAAUGAAAGUUUGGAGGAAAUGGUUAAUAUACCGUUAUGUAAGGAACAUUUCUGCAGCCUUUAUGAAGCCAAUAAAAAAGCCAUAACCAACUGUAACUCCAAAACUACAGCACAGGAUUUGGUACUUAAAGUAAAAGAAACUUUUGAAAACCUAAAUAAUAAUAAACCAACUUUACAAGAGAAAUGCUCGGUGCCGCAAUGCUCCACCAACCAGAACAUUAAUGCCUAUAAAUCGUUCAAACUGUUUGGCUUUCCAAAAGCUGAAAUGGCCAAGAAAUGGUGCCAUAAUAUAGGCAUUUAUAACUGUUCUCUCAAAAAGCAACCGCCGCCAAAAGUCUGUGAAAUACAUUUUCAAAGAGAGUGCUUUAACAAUAUGAAACUCUUGCACUGGGCAGUACCCACUUUAAAUUUACCCAACACAAAUACGAAAAAGAAAAUAAUACAAAAUAAUGCUGAUGAAAUAUUUGCCUUAAGAGGUCAAUGCUGCAUUAAAACCUGUGCCAAUGCCCAGGGUUUACAGGAUAUAACCCAGAACAGAUUCUAUAAAUUUCCCAAAGAUCCCGACCUUUUAAAGAAAUGGCUAGAGAAUACAAAUUGCCACAACUAUGAGGAAAAUGUCACACGUAUCUGUGGUUUACAUUUCCAGUUAACCGAUAUAAACCAUAAAAACAAAACACUAAAAGAAAAUGCUGUACCCCAAUGCAAUUUAGAAACAAAUGAAAGCUCUCCCGCCUCACCUAAUAAUAACUCCUUGGUAAUAGAGAAUAUUAUACAACCCAUUGAAACCUCUAACUGCUCACCCAACUCCUCGAUAAUAGAUGAUUAUAUAGAAGUGAAACAGGAAUUGGACAAUUCCGAAGAAUGGUGUGAGCCCUUAGAAGCCGAAACUCAAAUAACCGAAAAUGUAUUUGAUGUGAAAUUCAAACAGGAUGCAAAAGAACAAGAUCACUAUCCUUUAUUGGAUAUAAAACAAGAGAUAUUAGAAAUCCAGGAAGAGCAGCCAAUGGAGAAUCCCAGCAGCCUAUUUACCAUACAGAAAUUUGAAAGCCCCGAAAACUAUGAAUAUUCGACACCUCAACCCCAACAAUCAGCUUUUGUUAUAAGCGAUGUCAAGUCUCAAAUCUAUUUGUGUUGUGUACAAAAAUGCACCAACAAUUCGGAAACACCCGGCAUACGUUUAUUCACCGAAUUCCCCAGCGAUUCGGAAAUUUUCAUUAAAUGGUGUUUCAAUUUGAAAAUAGAUCCUCGCAAUUACCAGGAAAAUCAAUACAACAUAUGCCAGCAACACUUUGAGGCCAUAUGCUUUACCGAACAAGGCCUUUUACAGCCCUGGUCGGUGCCCACCCUGAACCUAAACCUAAAUGAGAAUUCUUUUAUACAUCAAAACGAUAUACCCGAUCAUUUGAAAACGUGCACUGAACAAUGUAUAGUCUAUGGUUGCAUAAAUCCCCUAAAGCCUCUUUAUAAAUUUCCCUAUCAUCCGGAUAUUUCACACAAAUGGUUUGCUAACUUAAAACUAGACUAUACCGAUUUUCGGGCACAAAAUUAUAGAAUAUGUAAACGGCACUUUAGCCACAACAGUUUUGAGUUGAACGAUAUUAACAAACUUAAAAUGGAGGCUGUGCCCACUUUGUAUUUGGGUCAUACAGACAAGAUUUUACCAUUUAAUAACAGUUCAGAGGAAAUGCAAUUAGAACCAGAUAAUGUGGUGGUUGCCUUAGCAGCUCUUAGUAAUCAGGAUAAUAGCCGAGGCAGCAGUCAGGGUUCAUUAGCCAGAUUAAUAUCUCCUCAUGAUCUAGAAGAUCAUGAUAGUAGUUAUUUUGAGGAUUUUGAAGAAUAUUAUGGACAAGAUGAAUAAAAUUAUUAAAUUACGAACAUAAAUAUAUAUUUAUACAGAUAAGAAAACAUAUUUAGUUUUAGAGAAAUAUUUAUAAAAAAAAAAAAGUAACAACUAUAACCACAAUCAUAUUAUAAACAACAACGCACUUCUCUGACACAUAAAACUUACACAAUUUAGAUGCAUUUAGAUUGAAAAGCACAAAAUAUUUUAAAUAAAUUUUUUGGUUUUAUUUUAAAUAAAAUUACAAAAUUAAAAAAAAAA